AUGCACUGGGCUGUCAAGAGUGUUCGCAAGCAGCGUCUCGAACAAGCCACCAGCAUCAGCUUGUCCGUGGACGACCGCAAGGAGUAUCGUUUGGUGAGGUACCGUUGCGAUGUUCCACCGCGCACUGCCAAGCAUGUUCCUGAAAACACAUUGGCGGAGCACGAUGCGGACAAGAGUCAGGUGAUGGCAGACAGCAUAGGCAUAGUCAUUGACAGGGCCUGUCAGGAUCCGGAAGGCAAAACUGACGAGGAGUCCUGCAGCCGCUUGAAGCUGCACGUGCGGCACUUUGCAGCCGAUCAGUGCACAUCUGCCCGGAAGUGUGGCAGGUUGUUGGUCACUGGCGGCCAGUAUCCUAACCUGGUCUGGGUAAGCCAUGAUCCUGCGCACCAGGUUCGUAUUGCCUACCAGGACCCUCUUCACGCCAUGCCCGAGUUCCAAGACCAGUGGGGGCGUUUGUUUGCUCCCGGCAAGGGCAAGCAUGCGCUUAUCCCGGACAUCCAGAACUCAGAAGUCUGGAAGGCCAGGCUCAUGGCGGCCCAGCAAGAGGUUCUCAGGCUCCAUGGCUCCCAGGCUGGUGUGGAGAAGGAGAGAAACACGGUCGAGAUUCGCUCCCGAGCAGAGCGCGCCUUGCAAAACAUGAAUGCAGCAGCCCUCAUGCGCUGUGGACUCACUUGCGACUACAAAUCUGAGUGCCUGGGUUUCUUGCGCAGGAACUUUGACAUUGAGGAUCCAGAUGUAUCCUGCACCCCCAGAGUGCUGGAAGAGUUCACCAAGCGCCAGCGGUUCUUAUUUGUGGAUGGAUACAUCCUCUCCGACAGCUCGCAGGUUCCCAGUUCCGUGGACGGCUCCGAGGCUCCAGGCUCCCAGGCUCCCAGGAGGUGUGCAACCCAGUUAGUUUACGAGGAGAUCCAGACACCAGAGCCGAUCUUCUAUGGCAACAGAGUCCACUACCUGUGCACGAAGGCCGGCAUUUCUGAUGUAAGGCAGAUCAUGGGAACUAUGGCGCACGUGGUCGAGGCGAUGCUGGAGCGUUUGCGAGUAGAUCUGACGGAGGAUGAGAUCGCCGUGGCUCUGCAGGUAUUCAACCUUCGGCUGUGGCAGGAGACGAACCGACAACAGGAGCUAGUGGACUCUACACGCAAGCUCUGUGAUAUGCUCAAGCUUUCGCACGGGGAGAUUGCGAAGAGUCGCAAUCUUGCUUCAGAGAAAGUCAAGGCACUCGGGCACCCUGGCCUGUCCGACACCUUUUGGACAUUUGCAAAGACUGUCCAGCUGCUCAAGGUCGAAAAAGUCCAGGCUGGUGAGGAACAGAACUUGAGGUACAACAACACCUUGUACAACAAGGCCUUACACCAGGCUGCCACAGCAGCUGUUGCAGUGCUGCGGGGUCCAUCCGGUCCCGUGGAGAAGGCUGACCGGAGAUUGGAGCUGGAAUUUGGGCGGGGCAUCUUGAGCAGUCAGUACUCGAAGUUGAGCAAGCUGUUAUCGCUGACCAACAAGCUCGCAUCUGCUACCAGAAACGCUGUAGACCUGACGGCCUGGAUGAUCGACUCCUUGACUCUGGCCCUGCGCAUGAACAUGGUCACGCCAGCUAAAUGCACCGAGAAGUUUCUGGAUCGAGACCGGAAGACAGGCGAUGCUGGCUUUUGGUUGUCGCGCAUGCUGGUGGUGCAGGUCUUCGAUUAUGCAGCAAAGCUGGCGAACAAGUUGCCUGAGCCGGACAAGGUUAAGCUGAUAGGGAUUUUGGCUGAACUCCGUUGCCCUUCCACAUGUUGGGAGAAAUAUCUCUGCCAUGCUGAUGCUGAUCAAGGGGCUGCUGGAGAGGACGACAUGGACGGCGAGGACCCAGAGGACGUGGAGCGCCCUGUUCCGCAGUCCAAGAUUGGAGCUGUUAAAGAGGGUUUCAACAAAGCCAUUGGCAUGCUUUUGGAUUUGCUGCUGGAGCUGAUGUCGGGGAAGUACUACAAGGAUUGCUGCAUGCUGGCUUCGAGUGAAGAUGGCCUUGCAAAGGCAUUGACAGCUGCACAGCUUGGAAGCUCGGAUGACACGGAGCACGAGGAGCCAUGUGCGCUUAUCACUCAGAUUAAGAUCAUUGUCGACAAGUUCGACAACAGCACGAAGUCCGUUGGUGCCACAUCUGCGGCUCCUGCUCCGAGUUUGCUCCAAAGCCUGGCCAAUGCUUCUGAAGCUGACACACCCGAGGAAUGUGUCGAGCGUGAGCGGCAGUGGAAGGCGGUGCAAACGGAACGCCGCAAGUUCGUGUCGUUCUCGGUACCGAACAAGAUCUCGAAGGACUGCAUAGUCAAUGCGUUCAGAGGUUGCGGCAAGGUCUUCACGCACAAGGGCACCUUAAACUCUUCGCACCGCCUGAUCGUUGCCAGUGCGGAUCUCUUGGCAGAGGCUGGUACCGGCCCGUGGCUCAAGGGCACUCCGCCAAGCGAGGAAUGGAAAGAGAUCUGUGCCUUUGCCAAAGACAUUUCUGGGCCCGAGGAUUUCGUUGUACUCUUCGACGGCAGAAUGCGGGAAAUUCGCCGCGUGUCCGAAGACCUCCUGCUGAACCAGCAGCACACCGAGGAGUGCACCAUCGUGUACUCAGGUGGGUGGCCGCCGAGAACUGGUCGCACUCGCCGCGUUCCGCUGGCUGCAAAGAAGGUGGAGACAGGAGCGGUUAAGUUCCCGGUCGCACGCACCAAGAUUCAGACGACGAAGAAAGGCUCCUUCACAGUCUGCGGCGAGGCUUCUACGUACCAAGUCACUUACUCAGGCGUGGAGUACCGUGCGGUUUCUGAAAUGCCCCUCGUGUCUGCAGACACCAAGAAGAAGAUCAUUGCUCCGGCAACAACCGGCGACCUCCCGACACCGCCAGAGGACUGGCAGGAUCGCCACGGCUCCGACGUACCCUUGUUCUGGAACGAGGCGAAGCCGAUAGCAUAUUGGAAUGCCAUCAUUGAGGAGUUUUGCGCGGAGGCAGUGUUUGACCUCACGGCUGGCACCGGUGCUCUGAUGGAGGCUUCUUUGACUGCCGGCAUCGCAUACCACGGGCUUUGCAGCCUCAACAAGGAGCACAUGUCGUGGGUCCAUGCGGUUGCUGAUCGCGCAGCUUGCGGAAUGAUGGCUUUGGAGGGAUCCACUCUUUACUCGGACGAGAAUGCCAAGGCGGUGAAGAAGCAUUUCCCGCACGUUCUGGAGAGAUUGUCCAACCAAGACGACCAGGACGAGGCACCUGCUGAGCCAGAUAGUUCCCUGCUUGGGUUCGACAUGGGCUGCCGAUGGAGGCCUACCAGACGCCUCUGGGGCAAAACCAGUCUCAAGACGGCUUCUCGUCGGAUGCCCCGGGGGUGCCAGCAUGGUGGCAGCAAAUCGCAGAGCUUGCGGAAGCAGGCUGUGAAAGACGGCUUGGUCCCCAAGGCUCGAAGGGCCUUCGUCAUCUGGUUCCAGGAAAACUCCGAAGUCAAGAAAGGCGCUCCCAAGCACGAGUUUCUCAAUGAGAUGAAGCAUCUUGGCGCAGUCUGGCAGGGCAUGACCGACAAGCAGAAGGCACCAUUCAUGGCGAGGAGCAAAGAUGAGUUCAUGGCUCAGCGAAGUGCACUGGCCGUUCUUGGCAUCAGGAUGCGGGGCUCCACGACCAGUGCGGGCGGCCCCGACGAGGCGAAGGACCCCCCUGCCGCUGACGAAUCUGGCGGUCGCGUUGGCCCAUUUGAGCUUAAUGGUGCAAGGGCUCCAAUUGGAGGCGGAGCCUAUGGCAGUGUCUACAGUUGCCAGCAUCCGCAAAGCGGCCUUAACGUGGCGGUGAAGGUUUAUCGUGGCUCCGAUGGCCCCGCGGAUUGCAGGCACGAAGUGGAGCAGAUGAAGCUUCUAAUGAAGGCCGUUCCGCAGCAGAAGAUGAUGUGGUUCCCGCUUCUUGUCAGCUCGGGUGUCACGGGCAGACCUUGGCCAUGGAUGGCUACUAGCCUAUGUGGGCCCAGCCUGGCAACCGCACUUCGAAAUCCUGCGGCGCAUGGCAAGCCGAGGACGUGGUCUGUGGCAGCUCAGCUGAGAAGUGCACUGCAGACCUUGCAUGACGCAGGCAUCCUACACUUGGAUGUGAAACCUGGCAAUGUUCUUUGGUGCCCUUGCACAGAUCAGGUGCAGGUGUGCGACUUCGGCAUGAGUGAGAACAUGGCACGGCUCCAGAAGGCUUCUCAGGCUCCCAGGUUCCUGCAGUAUGUCACGGCUGCCUAUCGACCUCCGGAGCUGUGGCCCGCUCGUGUGAAUGGCGAUGGAGACUGCGGUGUCAGAAAGCAGCUGCUGACUGCAGCUGUGGAUAUGUGGGCCUAUGCUUGCGUGGUGUUUGAGGUGGAGACCGGGAAUCCCUUCAUGCCCAAGGGGGAGGCCGGACUGAGAGCGUGGUGCAAGCAGUGGCCCGAGCUGUGGAAAACACGCAGCGACUUAGCCAAUUGCCCCGCUGCAAGUCACACGUGCUGCACAAAGGUGCUUCGAGCCGGUAAAUGGGGGCUGUUUGUGUUGGUCGGCUGUGCUCCAGACCCCGGAAAGCGGCGGUGGCCGGAGCUCUGUCUGAAUCAGAAAUGA